AUGGCUCGGCGCGGCUGGUUGCGGGCGCCCCUCCGCCGCGUCGUCGGCGGCGGCGGCCCCCGGGCCCGCCGGCUCACGCGGCCGCUCUGGUUGCUCCUCGCAGUGGGAGUCUUUGGCUGGGCCGGGGCUUCGGACGGCGCUGGCGGAGAAGCGAGAGCCAUGGACGAGGAGAUCGUGUCAGAGAAGCAAGCGGAGGAGAGCCACCGGCAGGACAGCGCCAAUCUGCUCAUCUUCAUCCUGCUGCUCACGCUCACCAUUCUCACGAUCUGGCUCUUCAAGCACCGCCGGGCCCGCUUCCUGCACGAAACCGGCCUGGCUAUGAUUUAUGGUCUUUUGGUGGGCCUUGUGCUUCGAUAUGGCAUUCAUGUUCCUAGUGAUGUGAAUAAUGUGACCCUGAGCUGUGAAGUGCAGUCAAGCCCAACUACCUUAUUGGUAAAUGUUAGUGGAAAAUUUUAUGAGUAUACGCUGAAAGGAGAGAUCAGUUCACAUGAGCUCAAUAACGUUCAAGAUAAUGAAAUGCUUAGAAAGGUUACUUUUGAUCCAGAAGUAUUUUUCAACAUAUUACUUCCUCCUAUCAUAUUUUAUGCGGGAUAUAGUCUGAAAAGAAGACAUUUCUUUCGAAACCUUGGGUCUAUCUUAGCGUAUGCUUUUCUUGGAACCGCAAUUUCUUGUUUCGUAAUUGGAUCGAUAAUGUAUGGCUGUGUAACACUGAUGAAAGUAACUGGACAACUUGCGGGAGAUUUUUACUUUACAGAUUGCCUGCUGUUUGGUGCCAUCGUAUCAGCAACUGAUCCAGUGACUGUUCUUGCCAUAUUCCAUGAGCUUCAAGUUGAUGUUGAACUCUAUGCACUUCUUUUUGGUGAAAGUGUCCUCAAUGAUGCUGUUGCCAUAGUGCUAUCUUCCUCAAUAGUAGCAUACCAGCCAGCCGGAGACAACAGCCACACCUUUGAUGUCACAGCCAUGUUCAAGUCUAUCGGGAUUUUCCUUGGAAUCUUCAGUGGCUCUUUCGCGAUGGGUGCUGCUACUGGAGUGGUGACAGCUUUAGUGACAAAGUUCACCAAAUUACGAGAGUUCCAGUUGUUGGAGACAGGCCUGUUCUUCUUGAUGUCCUGGAGUACCUUCCUCUUGGCUGAAGCAUGGGGUUUCACAGGUGUGGUUGCAGUGUUGUUUUGUGGCAUCACACAGGCCCAUUAUACAUACAAUAAUUUGUCCACGGAGUCUCAGCAUAGAACUAAACAGUUGUUUGAGCUUCUCAAUUUCUUGGCAGAGAAUUUCAUCUUCUCCUACAUGGGACUGACACUGUUCACAUUCCAGAAUCAUGUCUUUAACCCAACAUUUGUGGUAGGAGCAUUUAUUGCUAUUUUCUUGGGAAGAGCUGCCAAUAUUUAUCCCUUGUCCCUCUUACUUAAUUUGGGUAGAAGAAGUAAGAUUGGAUCAAAUUUUCAACACAUGAUGAUGUUUGCUGGCCUUCGUGGCGCGAUGGCAUUUGCCUUGGCCAUUCGAGAUACUGCCACUUAUGCCCGCCAAAUGAUGUUCAGCACCACACUUCUGAUUGUGUUUUUCACUGUGUGGGUGUUUGGUGGUGGUACCACUGCCAUGCUGUCAUGCUUGCAUAUAAGGUACUGUGCUAGACUCUGGGGAUAUGGAGAUGAAUUGGGACAUGGCCUUUACCCUCAAGGAGCUCACAGUCUUUUGGGGGAGACUGACAGGGUUGGUGUUGAUUCAGACCAAGAACAUUUGGGUAUUCCUGAAAGUGAAAGAAGAACUACCAAAGCAGAGAGUGCCUGGCUUUUCCGGAUAUGGUAUAACUUUGAUCAUAACUAUCUGAAGCCUCUGCUGACGCACAGUGGGCCUCCUCUUACGACAACCCUCCCUGCCUGCUGUGGACCCGUUGCGAGAUGCCUAACCAGCCCCCAGGCUUAUGAGAACCAGGAACAGUUGAAAGAUGAUGACUCCGAUCUUAUUCUCAAUGAUGGUGAUAUUAGUUUGACGUAUGGAGAUUCUACUGUGAACACUGAAUCAGCAUCGUCCGGUGCCCCUAGGAGAUUUAUGGGAAACAGUUCUGAAGAUGCCCUGGAUCGGGAACUUGCAUUCGGGGACCACGAACUGGUCAUUCGGGGAACACGCCUGGUUCUUCCUAUGGAUGACUCUGAACCCCCGUUAAAUUUGUUAGAUAAUACAAGACACGGUCCAGCCUAAGCUUCCUCAUUACUCACUUAGUGAUCUGUAAAAUUUGCACAUGUGAUUGUGAAGAAAUUCGUACUACCUAAAAAGUCCCAGUGCAUGUCUCUGAAUGUUUAAGCUGUAUAAAUGCUAUUUAUAUGGCAUCGAAAGACUAUAAAUACCCUGUACAAGGCAGAUUGUGAACAAACUCUUACGUUUUAUUGGCUGCAUUAUGUAGACCGGGUCUGUUUUAGAAAGUUAAUUUCAGUGAUGUCGUGUGUCCAAGCUUUAUGUCCCAGUUCAAGUAUACAAGGUGACAGAUUUACUCUUUCUUAUAUUUACCUGACACUUAACCGGAGUACCAAGUUCUCGUGAUAUGAAUUAAUUUUAAGGCAAUGAAUUUGUGGGAGGGGAGGGAGAGGAAGGAGGGAGUGCUAGCAGGAGAAGUUCCUUUGUCGGGAAACUUGGGUUGAUUGCUGCUGCCUCUGUCUUGACCUUUUCCUUUCCUUUUUGUCCGGUGGCCAGUUGUGGUGCGAGAGGCCGGUGGCUUUGGGUCUUGCCCCAUUCAGAUUGGGGAGUGAAGUGCGGGGGCCCUUUGCCCCCCUUGCCGUGAAAAGAACAGAUUUGUUGGCUGCAGCACACUGCUACUCGGAAAAGAAGGCUGCACAUGACUUCCAAGACUUUGUUUCUUUUCUUCCACUCCAAGACGUGAGAAGGAGUCGCGCCAUCCAGCCCACUUAGCCAAAGUACAGUUGUAUAUAGUUCAGAGCACUUGAUUUCAAUUUGGAGGGG